AUGCCGACGUGUUGCGACAUCUCAGGAUCAGAGAGUGUCUUUACUGGCCAAGAAUGUACAGCGACAUGGAAAAAUAUUGUCAGCGAGUGUGACACGUGUAACACUCAUUCCAGUGAUCAGAGGAAAGAGCCUUUGAUUCACCAUGAAGUCUGCCAACGACCAUGGCAGAAAGUAGGAAUAGAUAUAUUCACCCUCAACCAGAAGGAUUUCCUUCUAACAGUUUACUAUUUCUCCAGUUUCUUCGAGGUUGAUCGAUUACACGACAAAACUGCAAAAGAAAUUGUAGGCAAAGUUCGUUCUCGCUUUGCACGUCAUGGGAUUCCCGACACCGUCGUGACCGAUAACGGACCACCUUUUUGUUCCAACGACUUCGCAGCAUUUGCUCAUUGUUACGAGUUUGAGAAUAUCACAAGUUCUCCGUUGUACCCUCAGUCAAAUGGAAAGGUGGAGAAUGCUGUCAAAGUCGCGAAAAGACUUAUGAUCAAAUCAAUCGCGGAUGAGAAGGACCCGUAUUUGGCACUCUUAAACUGGAGAAACACACCAUCGGAAGGACUAGGGAGUUCACCAGCACAACGCCUUUACAGCCGGAGGACUAAGACGUUACUUCCAAUGCCAGCACACCUGUUGGAAUCUCAAGUUCAGCAGAAUGUAACUAAACUGUUGACUGAGCGUAAGGCGAAACAAGCAUAUUACUACAACACUGGUAGUAAAGAGCUCGAAAGGCUUAAAACAGGUGACACAGUGAGAGUCCGACCGCAUGGGCGCACACAACAGUGGCAAAAGGCUGUUGUACGAGAUCAAGUGGACAUCAGAUCUUACAAAAUAAGAACUGAGGAUGGACGAGAGUACAGGAGAAACAGAUGGCAGUUACGAAAGACCGUCAGUUCUAGGCAUAUUCCCUUAUUGGCCGACAUGGAUCACCCUUCGGAACCUCCGCGAGUGACUGAACCAUCACCGCCACGGGUCUCGCGCAUUCCGUUCGAACCACCAUCACCGCCACAAGUCUCGCGCAUCCCGGUACGCGACCGUCCGAGUAAGUCUGAAACUCCGACAGGAAUUCCGAGUGACCCUGCAUCUGGCAUGACUCCGGAUCCGAUGACGCCCCAAAAGACGCGAUCAGGACGUGUCGUAAAGCUACCUGAACGCUUUACUUUGUAA